ACGCGCUUCGUGCCCGCCGCCUCCUCUCCUCUCCUCCGUUGCCGUGCUGCUCCGCUCGCCCGUCGCGUCGUCUCGGCUCCCAUGGCUUCCUCCGCCGCCGGAUCCGCCCUCUCCUUCGCCAGCCCCGUCAAGGCUGCCAACGCAAAUUUGAUUUCUUUCACCAGCUUAAGGAAGGGAAAUGCCUUUCUCCGCCUGCAGCCAGUGCCUAUGAGAUUUGCUGUUUGCUACGCCGCAAAAAAGGAGACAGUGGAUAAGGUUUGUGACAUUGUUAAGAAGCAGCUUGCUGUUCCUGAGGGCACCGAAGUUUCUGGUGCAUCCAAGUUCUCCGAUCUUGGUGCUGAUUCACUGGACACGGUAGAGAUUGUAAUGGGUCUCGAGGAGGAGUUCGGGAUCAGCGUAGAAGAGUCGAGCGCGCAGUCGAUCGCAACGGUUGAAGAUGCUGCCACACUCAUCGAGAAACUUGUUGACGCAAAAUCACCUUGAAAGCCCCAGAUCACCAUGUCGAAGCUCGUAAAGUAGCUCUUCUUCUACCUUGGGCCAACCCUUGUGGUUUUAAGAUUAUACUAUCCUAUUUGCUGUUUUAUGACUCGAUGGUUCGGUGUGUUCUUCUCAAGAUUGCUGUCCCCUGUGUCGUAAUAAUAUCAAUCAAAGUAUUUAAGCUGUUGGAUAGUUGAAUGGUAAAUUUUUCUGCGCCUGUGGUUGAUGAAUGAUGAGUUGGCUACCUG